UUCAUAUUGAAAGUGCACUGAGUAGAAGGCGAGAUACUUAACAAAGUUUGUGUUUUAAGAGGAAUGACCACACAAAGCUGUGCUUGAAAAGACCAGCUAUGUCGACCUCUGAACCUGAAAUCUAUACUGCCUUCGAUGAUUACUAUGACUACAUUGGCUAUUUUGAUAAUGAUUCAACGCUUGUUUACUUAUGUGAGAAUCAUGGACCCAACGAAUUUGGAGCCGUACUUACACCAGUCUUGUUCAGCCUCGCCUUCAUUUUCAGCCUGAUUGGAAAUGCUCUAGUUUUGUGGGUCCUGGUGAGAUACGAAAGGCUGAGGACUGUGACGGACACUUUCAUUCUAAAUCUGGUCACCUCCGAUUUACUCUUUGCCUUCUCGCUCCCUUUCUGGGCUGUCGAUCACACACACGGUUGGAUCUUUGGCAAUGCCAUGUGCAAAAUAAUGAGUUCAAUUUUCUUCAUUGGCUACUACAGUGGGAUUAUGCUGCUUGUGCUGAUGACUAUCGAUCGAUAUUUCAUAGUAGUCCAUCCUGUGUCCGCUGUCAGAAUCAGGAAGGUCUCCUACGCUGUGACAGCCAGCUUAGUCAUUUGGGGAAUUAGUAUCUCUGCAACAAUCCCUGAGAUGAUCUUCUCUGAUAUUACGGGUUAUGAGGAGGAAAGACUAUACUGUUUCAGUAACUAUCCACCAGAAAGUACUCAAAUAUGGCAACUGUUAGGGUGUUACCAGCAAAACAUCUUGUUCUUCUUCAUUCCCUUAGUUGUAAUUGUGUUCUGUUACUGGAGAAUUCUCAACACUGUCAUUAGGUGUAAAGCCAGGAAGAAGCACAAAACAGUGAAAGUUAUCUUCUGUAUUGUGGUGGUGUUCUUUGUGUGCUGGACACCUUACAAUGUGGUCAUCUUCCUUUUCUCUUUGGUAGAAUUAGAAAUCCCAGGGUUCGAAUCCUGUGAGAUGAAAAACCGCCUGAUAUUUGUGUUUUACAUUUCCCGGACCCUGGCCUAUUGCCACUGCUGUCUCAACCCCUUCUUUUAUGCUUUUGUGGGAACAAGAUUCAGAAACCAUUUAACUUUAAUAAUAAGGAAACAUUUUCCUCAGGUGGGGAUCCGUAAGCAACCGAAACCCAGACAGAGAAGCCGUUAUCUCAGCAGUUCAACUGAACAUUCCAAUGUUUCUUCCACAUGUAACUCAUACCUUUAAUUUGUCAUAGGCCAGUGCUAAGUGAAACAAGCCAAUGAUAAGGGAAACAAAACAGAAAAUGGCACCAAGAGUUAAAUCCAAACAAUUUAUUUUGUGUGAGAUAGGUUAAAGUGUUUACACUGUGGAUUAGGUACAGUCUAACCAAUUACAGUGUACAAUAACAUCAAGUGGAACUUUAAUGUAUACAGCACCAUUCACCGCAAGCAUGCAUUUAUAAAGCAUGUUUAAUGUUCCAAGGCAUUUUGCAAGUAUUUUACUAAUCCUAAUUUGACAUCAAAUCAAAUAAGCAAUUAUCAGGACAGGUGACCAAAAGCUUGAUCAAAGAUUUGGGUCUUCAGAAGCAUCCUAAAGAAGGAGAGAGGAGAAGAGAACCAGAGGGGCAUGGAAGGAAAUUCAAGAGUUUACAUCUAAGGCAAGAAAGAAUAACAAAUACAACACGACGAAAGUGAAGAAUGUUUGUCAAAUCCAAACUUUUACGGUAGUGUAGGUCCAAUCAAAUCCUUUAAGCUAUGAGAAUAUCUCAUGCUAACCAUUCAAAAUUCAAGGCAGUUCCAUUCAAAUCCUUUACAAUGACAAGUGUAACAAGUGAACCCUUUCCAGUGUGGGAUCUACUCAAGCUAACUGUUAUAAAUUCGGAACAAAAACAGAAUUUGCUGGAGAAACUGCAAGGCUGGCAAUAUCUAUAGAGAGGCAAAGAGAGUUAAAAGCAAACAUUUUGAAUCCAGUGGCACUUCUUCUGCUACAAAUGACAAGUUUCAAAUUUGGGAAAACUUUAAACAUGUCCAGGAUCACAUUAGUUCAGUCAUCUUUGCCAUAUGGACUGCAAUGGUUCAAGAAGGUAGCUCUCCACCACUUCCUCAAUGGUAAUUAGGGAUGACCAACAAUGUUGGUCUUAAUAGCAACAUUCACAAUUAAUGAAUGAGUUAAAAGUAUAACGCUCUGGCCUCCAGUUGAAGUGACAAGGGUUCCAACUCUAUUCUGAUAACUUGUACGCAUAAUCUGGAUUGAUUCCUCAAUGCAGUAGUGAAGGAGCUGCCUGAUAUAUUUAGAUAGAUAUAUAUCAUCAAGAGCAGGAUUUUAAACAACUGGGACUCUGCUAGUGUCUGGUCUGUACAAUAAACCACAUCCAUUCGUAACAACAGACUAUUUACAAGAACUCAAUCAAUUCCCUAGCUUUUCCAGGAUCUGUCCUUCUCUAUCAACAGAACUUUAUCUUUGGUCCUGUCAAACUCUUUCUGAAGGAGUGAGUUGAGUUAACUCUAUCCACUAACUUAGUUUCCUCCUUAGAAAAUUAGCUGGUUGGUGAGAGAUGAUUUUCUUUAUGAGAUGCCAUGCUGUGGUUCUUGAAUUGCCCCUUUGAACAAUGUUCCUGUAACAGAGGUUAAACUAAUAGGCUUAUAAUUCUCUGGUUCUGAUUUGCUGUCGUCUUCAAAUAUAGAUUAGAUUAGAUUAGUCUUCUACCAAUCUAUUCAUAAGAGCAUGAACAAGGGUGUGACAGCACUAUGCAGUGGGGCUCUGAGCUGGAUUUUUAUGUUGUUUGCAUAUAUAAUCAUAAACAAGUGCUUGGUUAGAUGAGCUGAUAUAGAUCAAGAAGCCUCAUAUUCCACAGUGAGUAAACAUACAGAACCAUACCUAAACCACACUUGUCUUCAUUUGAUUUCUGAAGAAGGGUCUAGGCCCGGGGCGUCAGCUUUCCUGCUCCUAUGAUGCUGCUUGGCCUGCCAGCUGCACAUCUUGUUAUCUCUUCAUUUGAUGCCUGACACUUUUCAAACACUUAUUUUGUUUAAACAGACUAACCCGUGCAUUUUGUCACUGAGCCCGGCAGAAACUUUUGAAGUUUAUUGUUUUUCACAUCCAACCCAAUCUGACACAGAGUUAGGAUAAGAAAUAUCUGAACCAUAGAAUCCACACUAUUUUUGCAAAUAUUCCCAAUGAAUUCUAAUAAAUUACAUUUGUCACAAUGACAUAAGGUGUUAAAAAUCACUAUUGUUCAAUUACCUUUAUUGUUUGUAACACACUAGUUUAAUAGCCCUUUUUGAAUCUUAAUCCACAAUUAUAAUCCCUUUAGCCUGCAGGUUGAAUAAUUUGCAUUUUAAAGGAUGUGGUAAUCGCAGCAGUGCUGUGUUUACACAUAGGUUCAAAGGAUGUCAGAAUGGUUUAAACCCCAAACUAGAGACUAUAGGAGGUAAUUUAGAAUGAUGCUUCAGUGCUGUACUUCGGCAGGGCUACAUUGUUAUUCAAUACUAACAUUAAGAUGCACUUUAUUUCACUAAACUGCAGAUUAACCUACUGUUGUCACUUUACUUAAA